UGCAAGAGAAGGGUGCUGUACCACAAUGAUCGGAAGAUUGGCUGCUUUGAUUCUUGUGUCUCUGGCUCAAACUGCAGAGGUUCCUCACCUGAUCUCUUUGAAUGCGGUUGAACUUGGUGACAAUGCCACUUUCACAUGUCCAGUCUCUGACACGGAAAACAAAAUCUUGCUUUGGUGUAAGCAGCCUCUUGGACAAAUAGUCCAAAUGGUUGCUGCAGUAAUAGUUGGUACAAUAACAGUCACUGAACAAUUUAAAGACUCACGUUUCACAGUAACAAAAGGAGAUAAUCAUUAUCUUCUUACCAUUAGAAAUGUCAGCAAAGUGGAUGAAGCAACGUACUUCUGUCAAAGUGGAACAUCGUAUUCACAGACUGUCAGCAAUGGCACAUUCUUGGCUGUGAACGGUUGUAAUGAGCAGAAACAUGUCUACGUGCAUCAAAGUCCGGAGACAGCAUCAGUUCAGCUGGGAGCCUCAAUGACUCUCCAGUGUUCACUUCUCUACACGAACAAAGAGAGCAGAGCCCAGUGUCCAGGUGAACACAGUGUGCACUGGUUCAGAGCUGGAUCAGGAGGAUUUCAUCCAGGCAUCAUUUACACUCACAGCAACAGGAGUGAUGAACAAGAGGAAAGGAGCUGUGUCUACAGUUUGUCCAAAACUAUACAGAACUCCUCUGAUGCUGGGACGUACUACUGUGCUGUGGUCACAUGUGGAGAGAUCCUGUUUGGUGAAGGAACUAAAGUGGAGACAAGAUCAGGACUGGACCCAGUUGUCGUUGUGCUUGGAGGGUUGCUGGCCUGCUGUGUCACUGUGAUUGUCAUCCUCAUUUUCUUUGUGAAUCAAAGAGUUUGUGAACAUUGCAAAGGAGCAAUGAGUGCUUCCUGUCUCCGUGGACAUGACGGGUCAGCUGUUGAUGGAUCAAAUAAUGUGGAUGGUGAAGCAGUGAACUAUGUAGCACUGACUUUCUCUGCACGGAAAGCAAAAAGAUUGAAGAAACGAGAGUCGCCACAGGAGUGUUUGUAGCUCAUCCUGUUGUGUGUUAUGAUAUAGUAUUUCAUUUCUAACUGUAACCCAAUCAUUUAGUUUCUCAAGACACCGUUUUUCCCUGACAAAAAUGCUGAACAUAGCCUUAAGACCUGGUUAUGAGACAGGAGUUAAUGGUAUUAUGGCUUUUGAAUAAAUGUUUGUGUAUUUAGUGUCCUGCUAAUGACUAAACUGUGCUAACACGCUAAUGGGUUUGCUAACCAACCAUGACCUUAUUAGCUCAAAGAGCUUUAUUUGCCCUGCAAUAGUGUUUUUGUGUACAAUAGAGAAAAAAAUGCCAGGGGGUAGUAACCAGAACAGCAUAGAGAAAACAGACAGAAUAUCCAGGUGCUACUGAGACUGACUGAGUGAGAGAGUUAGCGGUCAGUUCACCAGCUACAGCGGUUCAUUGACUAACACUGCGAGUAAAGUUAUCAAGCUUCUAGACACAAAUACUUCACAAAAAUGCACAAAUUAAUUUAGCAGUAUCACUUUCUGAUAUGACCAGGUCUUAAGGCAUUUAGACACAAGGAUUCACCAAAAUAAGAGAAAAAAAAAUAUUGCUGACAAUGCAGGUGUGUGUUAUCAGAUUUAUAUAGCCUAUAUUUUUUUAUUUGUUCUGUUAAUGUGU